CCCCGCCAUGGCGACCGCAAGGCAAGUGCUCUGUCUCUGUGCUUUCCUCUCCCUGCUGCACGCUCGCGCUGAGCCCAUCCGCUACUCCGUAGCCGAGGAGGGCGAGAGCGGCUCCGUGGUAGCCAACGUGGCGGAGGACGCGGGGCUGUCCCCGGCGCAGCUCUCGGCUCGCGGCGCCCGCCUGCUCUCGGAGGACGGCCGGCAGCACUUUCGCUUAGACCGCGCCAGCGGCCGCCUCGUCGUGGGCGAGAGGCUGGACCGCGAGGAGCUGUGCGGGCAGUCCGCUACCUGCACGCUGCCCUUCGAGCUCCUUCUGUCAAACCCCGUGCAGUUCUUUCGGGUCGAGGUGGCCGUGGAGGACACCAAUGACCACGCGCCCGCUUUCCCGGAGGAAUGGGUCAAUCUUAAGAUACUGGAAACGAGCAACCCGGGGUCGCGUUUUCCUCUGGAGGGUGCUCGGGACCUGGAUGUUGGCAGCAACGGCAUCCAGGCUUACGGCAUUGCUCCCAAGAACGAGUACUUUAGUGUUGACUUUGGGAGUCGGAUUAAGGGCAAAAGGUAUGUGGAACUUGUUUUGGAAAAGCCUCUCGACAGAGAGGAGCAGGCAGAGAUGGAUUUCAGUCUCAUUGCCAUGGAUGGGGGCUCUCCACCCAGGAGUGGGACUACCCAAAUCCACAUUCUCAUUCUGGAUGCAAACGACAACGCUCCCAUCUUCUCGCAGGAGCUGUAUGUUGGGCAGGUUUUGGAAAGUGCCCCAGAGGGCUCUGUGGUUCUCAGAGUAGUGGCAACAGAUCGUGAUGCAGGGGUGAAUGGGGAAAUCUCCUAUCAGUUUAGCCAAGCAGGAGACCAGAGCCACUCGGCAUUCACAAUUGACCCCACAAGCGGUGAAAUUAAACUCACAAAGCCUCUGGACUUUGAGGCAGCAGAGACUCAUGAGCUCAGCGUGCGAGCCACAGAUGGUGGGGAUCUCUCAGCAAUCUGCAAAGUGUUGGUGGAAGUGGUAGAUGUGAAUGACAAUGCACCGGAGCUGGUGGUCAGUUCCUUUAGCAGUCCCCUCCCUGAGAACGCAUUGCCUGGGACGGUAGUCGCCCUCUUUACUGUCAGAGACCGGGAUUCUGGUGCCAAUGGGAAGAUCUCCUGUGCCCUUGAGGACCAGCUGUCAUUCUCCCUACGCCCAACCUAUAAGAAUUACUUUGAGCUGGUGACUAUGAGUGCGCUGGACCGGGAGGAGACAGCACGGUACAUCCUCACAGUCACAGCAGCAGACGCGGGGUCACCUCCUCUCACAACGACCCAGACCUUCACAGUGGACAUCUCCGAUGUCAAUGACAAUGCACCUGUGUUCAACCAGACAUCAUACACCAUGUAUGUGCGUGAGAACAAUGUCCCCACAGUGCUUGUUGGAACCAUAACUGCUACGGAUGCUGACGUGGGGCCCAAUGCCAAAGUGACCUAUUCCCUGUUGCCAGCCCACCCUGCAGGGCAGCCUUCCUGCUCCUGCAUCUCUGUGAACUCUGAGACUGGGGAUGUGUUUGUGCUGCGGCCCCUGGACUAUGAGCAGGUGAGGCAGAUUGAGGUGUCAGUGAGUGCUUCCGAUGCGGGGUCACCUCCUCUCAGAGCCAACGUCACUGUCCGCAUUUCUGUGGUGGAUGAGAAUGACAAUGCCCCACUGGUGCUUUACCCCUCGCAGGACAACAGCCCUCCAUCCAGUGAGUUGGUGCCCAUUUCAGCUGAGGCAGGCUACCUCAUCACCAAAGUGGUGGCUGUUGAUGCUGACUCAGGGCAGAAUUCAUGGCUCUCGUACCACCUGCUGAGGGCCACUGAUCCCGGGCUGUUUGCGGUGAAUGCCCAAAGCGGGGAGGUGCGACUGAGGAGGCCGGUGACAGAGCGAGAUGCCGUGAAGCAGAAUCUCAUUGUGGUUGUGCGAGACAAUGGUAAACCUCCACUGUCAGCCACUGCAGCGCUGAGUGCACUCGUGCUCAGUGACUUCUCAGAUGUGCGGCUAACACACAGCAGCCUGGCCACAGAGGAUGAUGGCAGCUCCCUGACAACCUAUUUAAUUAUUUCUUUGGUCUUCGUCUCGCUUCUCUUCCUUGUGUUCAUAGCAGCCUUCAUCGCUCGCAAGCUGUGCAAGAGAAAGGAGCUGAAGGAUGGGCACGUGCUUUAUGGUGCCAGCAACUUGCAGAGCAGCCUGGCUGAUGCAGCUGCUGCAGGGACCCUGCCCCACACCUAUUGCUAUGAGAUCAGCCUCACGACGGGCUCAGGCAACAGCGAGUUCAAGUUCCUGAAGCCCAUCCUCCCCAGCCUUCCUCCACAGCUGCAUGCCACAGGUGAGGGCACCAACAAUGAACAAGACUUCCCGUGUGGCAUUGUCACUGCAGAGGACAUGGUACCAGACAACCCUGACAUGCUCUCUGCAGAAGAGUUCAAUACUCUGCUCCGCUCCUGCGUGUCGGGCCUCGGCUUUGAGGUGGCCACGCUGUACGCGGCUCGCCUCUGGGAUCUCGCCAGCCGCCUGCUGCCCUGGCCAGAAGCCCGGAUGCUCGUUGUGCAGCGGCGGCCCCGCGGGGCUUUCGGCGAGGUGUGUGCGCAUCCUGCGGCGGGGACCCAACGCGGGCGAGCGGCCGGCUGCUGCGUGUGUGAGCACGGCGGCCGCGCUCCGAGCCGACAGCCGGAGUCAAAGAGACGAACGGCGCACGCCUACCGCCCCGUCGCGCUUCUGCCGGGCGCCGCUUGCCCCAGAGGACUGCGAGCGACCCCCGACACGGAGGCUUCCCUCUGCCCCGCCAUGGCGACCGCAAGGCAAGUGCUCUGUCUCUGUGCUUUCCUCUCCCUGCUGCACGCUCGCGCUGAGCCCAUCCGCUACUCCGUAGCCGAGGAGGGCGAGAGCGGCUCCGUGGUAGCCAACGUGGCGGAGGACGCGGGGCUGUCCCCGGCGCAGCUCUCGGCUCGCGGCGCCCGCCUGCUCUCGGAGGACGGCCGGCAGCACUUUCGCUUAGACCGCGCCAGCGGCCGCCUCGUCGUGGGCGAGCGGCUGGACCGCGAGGAGCUGUGCGGGCAGUCCGCUACCUGCACGCUGCCCUUCGAGCUCCUGCUGUCAAACCCCGUGCAGUUCUUUCGGGUCGAGGUGGCCGUGGAGGACAUCAAUGACCACGCGCCCGCUUUCCCGGAGGAAUGGGUCAAUCUUAAGAUACUGGAAACGAGCAACCCGGGGUCGCGUUUUCCUCUGGAGGGUGCUCGGGACCUGGAUGUUGGCAGCAACGGCAUCCAGGCUUACAACAUUGUUCCUGAGAACAAGUAUUUUACUGUUUCCUAUAGGAGUCGAAUUAAUGAUGACAGAUACGUUGAACUUAUUUUGGAACAGCCACUUGACAGAGAGGAGCAGGCAGAGAUGGAUUUCACUCUCAUUGCUGUGGAUGGGGGCUCUCCACCCAGGAGUGGGACCACCCAAAUCCACAUUGUUGUUCUAGAUGUAAAUGACAAUGCCCCCAUCUUCUCGCAGGAGCUGUAUGUCGGGGAGGUUUUGGAAAAUGCCCCGAAGGGCUCUGUGGUUCUCAGAAUAGUGGCAACUGAUAGUGAUGCAGGAGUUAAUGGGGACAUUUCCUAUCAGUUCAGCCAAGCAGGAGGCCAGAGCCACUCGGCAUUCACAAUUGACCCCACAAGCGGUGAAAUUAAACUCACAAAGCCUCUGGACUUUGAGGCAGCAGAAAAUUAUGAGCUUAGAGUGAGGGCCACAGAUGGCGGGGGCCUUUCAGCAAUCUGCAAAGUGUUGGUGGAGGUGGUGGAUGUGAAUGACAAUGCACCAGAGCUGGUGGUCAGUUCCUUUAGCAGUCCCCUCCCUGAGAACGCAUUGCCUGGGACAGUGGUCGCCCUCUUUACUGUCAGGGACCAGGAUUCUGGUGCCAAUGGGAAGAUCUCCUGUGCCCUUGAGGACCAGCUGUCAUUCUCCCUACGCCCAACCUAUAAGAACUACUUUGAGCUGGUGACCGUGAGUGCGCUGGACCGGGAGGAGACAGCACGGUACAUCCUCACAGUCACAGCAGCAGACGCGGGAUCACCUCCUCUCACAACGACCCAGACCUUCACAGUGGACAUCUCCGAUGUCAAUGACAAUGCACCUGUGUUCAACCAGACAUCAUACACCAUGUAUGUGCGUGAGAACAAUGUCCCCACGGUGCUUGUUGGAACCAUAACUGCUACGGAUGCUGACGUGGGGCCCAAUGCCAAAGUGACCUAUUCCCUGUUGCCAGCCCACCCUGCAGGGCAGCCUUCCUGCUCCUGCAUCUCUGUGAACUCUGAGACUGGGGAUGUGUUUGUGCUGCGGCCUCUGGACUAUGAGCAGGUGAGGCAGAUCGAGGUCUUGGUGAGUGCCUCCGAUGCGGGUUCACCUCCUCUCAGUGCCAAUGUCACCAUCCGCCUUGUUGUAGUGGAUGAGAAUGACAAUGCCCCACUGGUGCUGUACCCCUCGCAGGAGAGCAGCCCUUCAUCCAGUGAGCUGGUGCCCGUUUCGGCUGAGGCAGGCUACCUCAUCACCAAAGUGGUGGCCGUUGAUGCAGACUCAGGGCAGAACUCAUGGCUCUCGUACCACUUGCUGAGAGCCACCGAUCCCGGGCUGUUUGUGGUGGGUGCCCAAAGUGGGGAGGUGCGACUGAGGAGGCUGGUGACAGAGAGAGACGCCAUGAAGCAGAAUCUCAUUGUGGUUGUGCGAGACAAUGGUAAACCUCCACUGUCAGCCACUGCAGCGCUGAGUGCACUCAUGCUCAGUGACUUCUCAGAUGUGCGGCUAACACACAGCAGCCUGGCCACAGAAGAUGACAGCAGCUCCCUGACAACCUAUUUAAUUAUUUCUUUGGUCUUCGUCUCACUCCUCUUCCUCGUGUCCACAGCAGCCUUCAUCACUUGCAAGGUGUGUAAGAGAAAGGAGCUGAAGGAUGGGCACGUGCUUUAUGGUGCCAGCAACUUGCAGAGCAGCCUGGCUGAUGCAACUGCUACAGGGACCCUGCCCCACGCCUAUUGCUAUGAGAUCAGCCUCACGACGGGCUCGGGCAACAGCGAGUUCAAGUUCCUGAAACCCAUCGUCCCCAACCUGCCACCACAGCUCCAUGCCGCAGGUGAGGGCGCCAACAAUGAACAAGACUUCCCGUGUGGCAUUGUCACUGCAGAGGACAUGGUACCAGACAACCCUGACAUGCUCUCUGCAGAAGAGUUCAAUAGUCUUUCCUUUAACUAGCAUGGUGUUGGCACAGACAGGGAUAUUGUGUCUCAUAACAAGAAGGGAUUCCAGCUCGGACAUGUGACAGUGAUACCUUCAGAGUAAAUCUGCACUUGCAAUUGUCAUCAUUAAUUUCCCAGAAAGACUAAGUGAGAAAAAAUAUUCAGUUCUUUUACAACAAAACUAACAAAACCUAUCAAAAGAAACUAAAACUUUUUAAAUCAGGAAAUAGCAUGUUUUAGCUCUGUUGCAGCAUUUUCUGAGAUGCCUUGAGAGUGAGAUUAGUUCCAGGACCCCAGUUAAGUUCUUGUCUCAGUUGCUGGCAGUCAAGACCAUGGACCAGUUCCUUCGUGCUGUAACGCAAUGGCACAGUCGGGCACACAAACUACGACCUCACUUGAAUGCACGGAUCAGGAAAGCAAGGAUGUUGUGAGUACCAUGUAACAAUGUGGUAUGAGUAUGGGGCUCUUUCUCCCCUGGUUUCUGGAUAUGUCUGUCUGAGUCAGGUGUGCUCUCUGUGUUUUUCCUGCUGGUCAUUUUGUCUGUCCGUAAUGGUAGAGUGUCUGCCUCAACUGCUGCUCAAGGACUACACAUGAGAGCAGGCAGUUGCACGUCCCUGGCAGUGUUCAAGGCCAGGUUGGACAGAGCCUUGGACCACGUCGUUUAGGGCAAGGUGUCCCUGCCUAUGGCAGGGGGGUUGGAACUAGAUGAUCUUAAGGUCCUUUCCAAUCCUUACGAUUCUAUGAUUCUAUGAUUCUAUAUCCAGCCAUUGCACAUCAUUGCAGCAAAGCAGAAAGUAAGCUAUUUUCAAAAUUUGAGUAGAGCAAUCUCAUUGUCCUUAAGGGAGAACAGCAAAGCACUUGAGGUUUUCCAUUUGCCCAUAAGGGUUGGUGGGGUGGGCUGUUUCCUUUGGAUUGCCAGGAGAAUACAGCAGCAAAAAUGGUAUUUGAAUAAAAUAUAGUGGACAAGACUAGACUAGAAGUAUCUCAUUUUGAAGAGACCUACAAUGAUCUUCUGCUCCAAAUGCCUGACUACUUCAGGGCUGACCAGAAGUUAAAGCGUGUUUCUAAGGGCAUUGUACAAGUGCCUGUUAAACACUGACAGGCUUGGGGCAUCGACCCCAGCUCUAGGAAGCCUGUUCCAGUGUUUGGCCACCCUUUCAGGAAAUAAAUGGUUCCCAGUAUCAAGUCUAAUCCUCCACUGGUGUGACUUUGAACGUUAUCCACUCAUCCUACCACUGGAUAUGAGGGAGAAUAGCUCAGUGCCUCCUUCUCCACUUCCCGUCCUUAGGAAGCUGACCCUCACAUGCUGCUUCAAUUGUGGCACUCAGCACAGAGUACUCAAGGUGGGGCCACACCAAUGCUGAAUGCAUGGGGAUAAUCAAGUCUUGUGAGUGGCUGGUUGUGCUGUGUUUGAAGCCCACAGGAUGAGGUUUGUCCUCUUGGCUGCCAGAGCACACUGUUGGCUCCUACUGAGCCUACUGCCCACCAGUACCCCCAGCAGCUCCCUUUCUGCAGGGCUGCCCUCCAGCCUCUGCUUGCCCAAUUUUCACUAAAAUCCAGAAAAACUACAGUGACAAGCUUCCCUUCAUCAAGGAGGCAGGUGACCUUAGCACCAAGUACGAUCUUCAUACGUUUUCCAGGAGCUGAGGUGAGAGCAACAGGUCUGUAGUUGCCUGUGUCUUUCCUCAUGUCAUUCCUUCUUGCAGACUGAAAGAACAUUGGCUAGCUGCUAGUCAGAAAACUCAGGGGACCUGUCCUCUGUCUCAGGGGACUGGGCAGCCCUGGAGGCUAACAAUUAAAUUAAAACUUGAGGCAAGAAAAGCACUGAAUGGUUUCCCUCCUCCUUAGUUCCUGUUACUCAGGGAGGGACCACCUUCCACAAGGACCAGCCUAAUGUUUUCUUGCAAACUCCUUUUGCUACAAACAUACUUAAAAAGCCAUUCUUGUUGUCUGACACAACACUGGCCAGUUCAACUCUCAUUGAAUUUUGGUCUCUCGUAUCAUCUCCGUGCAUAUAUGAACCACAGCUCUCCAAGCUUCCUGCAAAGCCUGGCCUUGCUUCCAGAGAUCAUAUAAUUUCUUUUUCUCUGGAGCUCUAUGAGGAUUUCCCUGUUUGGCCAAUCUGGUUUUCUGCCCAGUGUGCUUGACUUUUGGCAGAGUGGAAUUGUCUGAUGAUAAGUGUACGGAGUAGUGAGAACAUGUUCUUCAUCCUUGGGUAGAAUGUAGGGAAACUCCGCAACCUGCUUCGAUGGACUUUUUCUGAAGGUAUAAUUGAGAUGAAAUCAGAAAAGGACCUUCGAUUUGGCCUUGUCAUUGUUGUUUCUGAAUCUGGAGCAUUCUUGAUGGGAGUGGAAAGAUGUCCUGCUAUGAUUUUCUGUGUUUAUCUUUGAGCAUUUGAGUUCUCCUUUUUGUCUUUUCUCCUUCUACUCUGUGAUUUGUAUUUGAGCAUUAUCUUGCCUCUUCCUCUUAAGAAGGACGUUCACCCCACAUAUAAUAGCAGAUUCCUUGAAUGAAGGCAGUGUGGCAUGGGAUAUUUGGAAACCCUCACACUGUAUUGUGCUGCAGUUAUAAACUGUGCUGUUGUAACGACGGAGACCCUUGUGUGUAAAAGCAGAAUAAAGAGAACACCCGAAUGCUUUGUGCAGA